AUGGACGGCCUGCCAAACGAGAUAUUGAUACACGUCCUUGAAUUGUUCCCAACGCAGGCUCUGCUGCCCCUGGCGCUGGUGUCACAGCGGUUCUAUGGGCUAGUCUCCCGCCUACAUUAUGCUCGCCUCGUCGAGGCCAUCGCUUUGCAAGACCAUGAGUUGAUACUGGAAUGUUAUCACCCCAGCGCCAAGAUCUCAACGCCCUACAUGUUUUGCGACUAUCUAGGCACCGAUGGUCUUGAAGCCGUCGGGCUUGAUCCGACGCUCACCAGCAUUGGGAAUCUAUACUCGCGAUUCAGGCCCGUCUUGAGCGAGGAGCACAGGCGGCCCCGCGCUCGACAUGCUACCAAAUCUGUUCUCGAAGGCAAAGAGGAACCAAUUGUUGAGUGGCCGACGCACGAUAUAUACCUCGAACCGUCGGAGCUGUUCUCACAGAUUUGUACAAUCAUCAACAUGAUCAAGGUCGGGCCGAAGCGCGGCCUAUUUCUCAGCUACGUGAACGUUGUCGAGUGCGUGAUUAGAAUAUGGCGAGAAUGGUUGGCAAAUGAAUCAUCAAAGCCGUCAUCUUGGCAACCUGAUUCUCCUUCGGAUCUGGCCAGCUCUGCUAUUGUGUGGACUGAUUCGUCCAAGAAUUAUGGUAUUCGAUUGAAGGUUAUCGAAAAGCCAGACGUGCAAGCUCCGAUCUUGGUCGGUCCGGGCGAGGACCCUCCAGUUUCAACUCCUCGUACGCUCAAAUCAUCUCAUUCAGGCCAUGGAACAGUCGGAAGCGCAGCAAAUCCGACUGCGCGCGCAGCUACGCCAACAUUGGGUGAGACCCCCGGAGAUGUUCCAGAGUAUAUCAUCCGUCAUGCACCACUAGUGUGGCUUCAUUCGCAGGACCCUUUCAGGCCAUCAGAUAUACUACAACAUGUGCAACAUACUACGCCAACAGUUGGCACAGAGCCCAUUGCCAAUCUCCCUGAGCUCGAUCUUGAUAAUUUGGAUUUGCUCAACGACAGGCCUGAAGGCAAUCCAGUCGCAUUGACAGCCAACGAAGACAUUACAGGCUUGCCCACCUGGCUGUAUGGAGAAACGCCGAAUGAGGCAGGCUUGCUGUCAAAUGCCACUGCCUGUGCUGUCAUUCUAGUAGAGUCUGGGGAGAAUGCUGGCGAUGUCGACGCAUUUUACUUUUACUUUUACUCGUAUGACCGAGGUCCCAAUAUCACCCAGGUGUUACCACCUCUCAACGGCGUGUUAGGGAGCCGAAUCGAUACUAAUGCAAGUUUUGGUGAUCACGUUGGGGAUUGGGAGCAUAAUAUGAUCCGCUUCCGUGGGGGCAAGCCUACUGGUAUUUACUAUAGUGAACACUCGGACGGUUCCGCAUAUGAUUGGGAUCAUGCGGCUCUGACUAUCGAAGAUGAACGGCCUAUAGUAUACAGCGCGUAUGGCUCACAUGCGAACUGGGUGUCGCCUGGAAACCACACGCAUGAUUCCGUCUUGGUGGAUUACUGUGAUGCAGGACUUCGCUGGGACCCCGUCUCGUCGGCAUACUUUUAUCAUUUUGAUAGCGAUACGUCGAGGCUAAGCCGCAUAUUCCCUACUGGAUCAACGGAGACGUCAAACUUUACCUCGUUUCUCUAUUUUUCUGGGCGCUGGGGCGACGUUCAAUAUGCCGAUGAUGAUCCGCGUCAGAGGACAGUCCCGUACUUUGGCUUGAAACGUUACGUGACUGGCCCGACCGGACCCCUCACGAAGCAACUUGUGAGAAAGGGACUCUCGCCCGACCAUAAGGAAAAAAGGCCAUGGAUCCAACGGGCCGUCGCCAUCUUCAUGUUGCUCUACCCAUAUUUCUUCCGCGGGUGGAGAGCUUGGUUAUCGGGGCUGGUGUUCCUUGGUGUCAUUGUUACCAUCAUCCUUUGCACUCGACGUGCCAUCAAAGGGUAUCUCUCCAGGAGGCAGGGAUACAGGAAAGUCAAUACCGGGGCAGAUGUACCACUGGAGACGCUCGAAUUCAGAGACGACAUUACGCAUCAUAGUCAGGUGAAUUAG